AUGAGAGAUUCGAAAGCAGCCCUAGCUACUUUCCGUGAGAACUUUGCUCAAGGGCUAGCCGAAGCUCUACAACCUGUUCAGAUUGAUGUUCGUGACCGAUGGCCGUCUGAACUCACAUCCAAAAAUUACUUGGAGGGAGAAGUUCUCCAAAAUGGACAUUUUGGCCGGGUGGUUGCUGCGCGAGCGUUUCCAGUUUCUCAUGGACUGUCCCAUUCAGAACCUCGAUCAUGUGUCAUCAAGUAUGUUGACGUUGCAUCCCGUUUCAAUCUUUGCUAUAAAGGGUCAAUAUCCUCAAAACUUGAUGGGCUCCAACGUCGCAUCCUCUUAGAAGCUUAUAUAUUAAACAGAACACGUCAUUCAAACGUAAUGCACGCUCAUGCAACUAUCUUUGAUGCGGAUACCAUGAGUUUACGUAUUGUUUUUCCUCGUUGGUAUUCUCUAAAAUUUUUUAUUGAAAAGUAUCGUCAAGAACGCGAUGGCGAGCCGAUGCACAUACGCAUGAUUAUGAUGAUCGUCAGACAGAUCUGUCGUGGGCUGGAAUACCUUCAUUCUGCUAACAUUGUACAUAGUGACGUGCAUCCUAACAACAUUUACGUGACGCGUGGUGGGACACUGAAGCUUGGUCAUUUCAGUCAGAGUCGAGUUUUAGUCAAUAAUUCUUGUAGACGGUGUAUAACUCCUACUGGCACUGAAGAGUUCAUGUGUUAUGAGAAACAGUUCAACCUUCGCAUAGCACGUUCUUUUAAUGAAUGUAUUCCUUACGACACCGCGGCAGACAUUUGGUCAGUUGGAGUUCUUGUGAUUCAUUUGGUCAGUUAUUUUCCAAACGAGAAGUGGCAUCGACUGCCAAAAAAUUUCGCACUGCAAAUGGGGGAGUUAAAAAUGCCGUUUAAAUGGAUGGCAAGCGAGCUAAUGCAACUCCGUGUGCGGUUGGCUCGAACAGGUGACGAGAAUCUUAAGAAGUUUUUGGGGGAGAGGUUGUUGAAUGUUUACCCGAAUGCGCGUGCCACUGCGACGGAGAUACUACAGUCAGACAUCCUUAAGCGUUGGUGUAAUGAGGAACUUGAAAAGGACAAGGAGUUCUUAGUGAGGAAUCUGAUCCACCGGUAUGAUUGGCCAAACCGAUUUGGUUUGGAAUCGGAUGGCCCAAAUUAUGACGUCUGCGAAACGAAGGAUAUCCCAGUCGAAUUUUAUUGGGAUAAUACGUGGAAGAAACUUGAAAAACGCAUUUUUGGUUAUAAACUUGAAGUAUGUGAUGGCAAGAGUAAACGGCCUGUUUGUAAUACUGAGCGAGUUUUUACUCAUUCUAAUAAUUCUCUCUUGGAAACUUUGAUGGAAGCUGUCGAAACCGGCGAACUUGAUAUAAUUGAUAUCAUUCCGGUUGACCAGAACAUAAGAACUUUGUGCUUUAAAUUAAUGAGUGGCGGAAGUUGUCGAUUCAGGAGAUCAAAAUCUGAAAUUGUUGAGGAUUUUCCUCGCGACGAAAUGGAUUUUUUUAUGGCUAAUAUUUGCAGAGUCGACAGUAAAACUACCUCCAACGCUGACAUGUCGAGACCGAUCAGCUUGUUUGAAGGGUGCUUUAAGUGCAUCUCUAAUUCGGAAAAGAACUGCUCUUUGAUUGAGCGGAUCCAUUGUGAGCGUUUGACGGGCAGGGGAAGGAACUGUGCUCCUAGAAGCGGGAGCAGCAUUUAUAGGAGGUUGGUUGGUGAUGUUCGCAGGAUGGUAAUUGUAGUUUCUGGGCUGGGACCGGUGGUGUUGUUGACUUUGAGCGGAGCCGUCACCUGA